CCUCCUUUGUGAUUACACACCUGUAGCUUCAUGAUGUUGACUACAAACUAACAAGUUGCUGUGACCAAAAGGAAGUUUAAUGCAGAUAACAAAAAGAACAAAACAAACAAAAAAAAAACCCCACUAAAUACUGGAUUUGUGUUUCUGUUUUGGACUUUGCAGGCCUCCAGCUGCUUGGUAUCCUGCCAAAAUUAAGAGAGCAGGAGGACGAAGACUUAAUGAUUCAGUGUGAAGCUUUCGAGGAGGCGAUGGCUGAGGACGAGGAGGAGCUGCAGCGACUCUACGGAGGGAUUGACAUGAGCAGCCACCUGGAGGUUUUUACCGCUCUCUUCCACAAGGUGAGCAGCUCUCCAGCUUCCCUGCAGCUUCUGUCCAUCCUGCAGACCAUGAUGGCGCUCGAUCCGGGCCGCACAGACAUCUGGCUGGCUCUGGAGGCUGUCACUAACAGAGCCGUACUCCUCGCCCAGGACUCUCAGAUGGAGUCCUGUGAGAAGAUCCUGCAGCGGCUGAUGUUGUACAAACGGAGGAGCAGCAGCAUCGCGGGUCGUUACGAGGUGGACGGGCUCGUGAAGGUGGACAAGGCCGUGCAGACGGAUCUGGACCGACGGGUUGAGGACAGGCCAGACGUGAGCGCGGCGUCUGCCAUGAAGUUGCUGUGUGCCCCACCGCCCCCUCCCCCUCCACCGUUACCUGGAGGGCUUGGCAGUCCCCCGCCACCUCCCCCUCCUCCCUUACCCGGAGGGUUUGGCAGUCCCCCUCCACCACCGCCUCUAAUGCCUGGAAUGACUGCCCCACCCCCUCCGCCGCUGCCAGGGAUGGGGGGUGCACCACCCCCUCCACCCUUACCUGGGAUGCCUCCUCCUCCCCCCGGCAUGAUAGGGGCUCAGAGUAGCCAGGCGCUGGGCUCCAGCACGCCAGCGAAGCCGAGCAGAUGUCCCACUCUGAAGAUGAAAAAGCUCAACUGGCAGAAACUCCUUCAUGGUUCAGGCGCAGGACGAACGCAUUCUUAUGGCCAGACCAUGUGGGCCUCGGUUCAGGAAGAAACGCCUGCUCACGAGCCGGACUACAGCAGCAUCGAGCUGCUGUUCUCCAUCCCGGUGGUCGAACCCAAAGACAAGGGAGGCGCCACUCCUGCAAAAGAGCCUAAAGAGAUAACGUUCAUUGAUCCCAAAAAGAAUUUAAAUAUGAACAUAUUUCUGAAGCAGUUCAAAUGCACAAAUGAAGAAUUUGUGGCCAUGAUCCAGAAAGGAGAUCGCAGCAAGUUUGAUGUAGAGGCGCUAAAACAACUUAUUAAGCUCCUACCAGAGAAACAUGAGAUCGAAAACUUGAAGUCUUUCCAAGGAGAAAAAGACAAGUUAGCAAACGUUGAUCGUUUCUACACCUCCCUCAUGACUAUUCCAUGUUAUAAGCUGAGGAUUGAAUGCAUGCUGUUGUGUGAGGAGACGACAUCGAUGUUGGAGAUGCUAAGACCCAAAGUGAAGCUGGUGGAGGAGGCCUGCCAGUCUCUUAGAACAAGUCUACUGUUGCCAAGUUUCUGCAGACUCAUCCUCAACGUUGGAAAUUUUCUCAAUUAUGGAAGUCACACGGGGAACGCUGAGGGCUUCAAGAUCAGCUCUCUGCUGAAGCUAACGGAGACGAAGGCCAACAAGAGCCGCAUCACGCUGCUCCAUCACAUCCUGGAGGAAGCAGAAGCAAACCACCCGGAGCUGUUGGCUCUGCCGGAUGAGAUCCAGAUAUGUGAAAAAGCAGCAGGAGUCAGUCUGGACUCUAUUCAAUCAGAAACCGGCUCUUUGCUCAAACAGCUGAAUGAGGCCAUUAAGAAAGUGUCCAUCUCUGAGAGCGAGGUGAAAGAGCAAUAUGCAGAAGUUCUCGAGGAAAAUCAAAAAUCGUGUCAAGCUUUAACAAAGAGAUUUGCUGAGAUCGAGAAGAAGAGGUGCGACCUGGCUGUCUACUUGUGGGAAGACGUGAAUCAGCUGUCGCUCGAGGAGCUCCUCGGAACCGUCAGGACUUUCCGGGAGCUCUUCAUGAAGGCGCUGAAGGAAAACAAAAUGAGGAAAGAACAAGCAGCCAAGGCUGAGAAGAGGAAGAAGCAGCUGGCAGAGGAAGAGGCUAAACGACAGAAAGGAGAGAAUGGAAAAAUAGUCAAGAAAAACAUUAUGCCCCAAAACGAUGGCUGCAUCAUCGAUCACCUGCUGGCAGAUAUCAGGAAAGGUUUCAGCCUGAGAAAGACCCGGCCAAGGUGCGAUUCGGAAAGCCUCCCCUCUAGUGAAAUGCGUAGCGAUACCUGCCCACCUGAAAAUGCGAAGCCUGUGGACGAAGGAAACGCCGGAGYGGCCACCACUUCCGCUCCCUGCAAACCACCGAGCGAGGAUCACCAGCCUCCUGCAGACAAAGUGAACGGCUUCAUCAGUCCGGCAGAAGAGACUGUGCYGGCUCCUCAGCUCAGUGCAGGACAAAGUGGGACGGCUGCGACCACCAACACCCCCGCAGACGAGCCAGCCUCCACGACGCAGACGCUCCCGGCCCCUCCUGCGCCGCUGCAGGAUGGUCCUCGCCCAGGAGCGCCUGCAGCACCAAGACUCGAUGAGACGCCGCCUCAACCUCCCCCGUCUCUGUCCACCAACAGCUUCUCUUUAGACUCCGCGGACACGAGUGUCCUCAGUCCGUCCUCGCUGUCGGACUCGGACCGGGGGGAGGACGUGGUGGACGGCUCGUCCGAGAAGGCGACGCCCGACGAAUCCGAAAACCUUAACGCGACUUCACCCGAUACAGACAAUAACGUGAAACACGGCAGCGUAACGGAAGACGAAGAACCGAGCCUCGAGGAGAGCUUUUUAUCGGAGGCUGUGGGACAAAAAACCAAAGAGGACAAGCUUGUGAUUGUGAGAACGCACUGUGGAGUGUUGAGCGACAAGCAUUCAGAGGCUAAAGUUGGUGCGGUUCAGUUCGAUGAGGGCAUCGUGAUGUGCGACGUCCAGGAUGAGCCGGAAGAUUUGCCCUCAGCCUCCGAAGCCMCGUCUCCAUCUCCUAAAGCCGAACCAAAGAAGCAGCCGAACUUGUUUAAACGCAGCAAAAAGAAGAGUAAUCCAGGUAAUUUUAAUACUCACUCAAAUAAAGAUUGUUCUUGGAAUGCUAGCCUCUUUCUGUGUUUUAAAGGGAAACCACUGUUUGCUCUGAUUUUAUUGCAACUAAUAUUUUGUAUGAUGUAUUGUCUGUUUUAGAUUUUUAUGAAUGUUUCUGCAUGAAUACAUGCAUUUUAAUGGAGCUUCAAAUGCAGUGUGCAGCCAUUGAUUUGUAGAUGUGUGAUGCUAAAGAUGGAUUUAACUCUUUGGUCAGUCUGUUUUUGAAUAUUCUUGUUUCUGAUUCUCUGAAACAAGGUAACAGUGGGAAAGGACAUGCUAAACAUAAAACAGGCUGUGUGUUGCAGUGAGGUAGGUGGGGGGGAAAUAUCGUGACGAACUCAAAUCAUCGUCCGAGCUCUGUGCCAAUAACACAUCAUCUGUCGGUCUAACUGGAAUCUGGACUUCAUUUGUCUGUGUUGUCUGACUCUUUAAUGCUUGCUCUCUUAACUUUCUCCAAAAUUCAGUGAUUUAUCAUUGAGACUUUUUACAUUUGUGAUGCUAAUAAUCAAUUCUGAUGCAAAAAAAAAAAAAGCAGCAACCUUCGUGCAAAACCUCUCCAGUUCUAAUCUCAGUUUGUGAAGUCAUUGUGGACUGAACUGUGCCAUGAAAGCUGUCACUUUUGUGUCCUCUGUCCAUAUUUACUUGUCUGCGACCGGGACUGUCUUYGUUUUAAUCAUCCAACAGUCUCACGUGUGCUUCCUGUAAACUUUUGCUUGUGACUCAACGAAUGCUGAUGCAAACUGCACUGAAAUGUUUUAUAAAAA